GAAUGAACACGCAGCACAACCACCAUCUUGAGCCACGAAGAUCUUUUUGGAUUCACCUUGGAUAAACAUUGCACAUCUUAUAAUUAUUAAUGUCUCUGCCUCCUCGCCUUCGUGGCCACAGUGUUGCUCUUUUCUCCAUGGAAUCAACGCCUGAACCUGGCCUCGGAAUGUCACAUAAUACCCUCAAACGAAAUCGUUCACAGACCCUCGACGCAAUGCCAGAGGAGCUACCUGACCUUCCGAAGCUUACAGGGCAUAUUAUUCUCGAAGUAUUCACCCACAGAUCUCUCCGACUUGCGUGCAAUGCUCAGUUUCGUGACAACGAGCGGUUGACGGUCCUUGGUCACAAUAUUUUGGAGAUGAUGACAACGGAACUACUUUUCUUCCGAAAACCCAAGCUUACAGUGCAUCAAAUUGAGGUACAACGGACGCAACUCUUGACUAACGCAACGAUUGAUAUCUGGUCAAAACUGUACCGGCUGCGAGAGGAGCUUCGUUGCGACCCCAGGUGUCUACAAUCACUCCAGACUCCCGAGGAAGGGCGCCUAAUAUUCAAUGCCUAUCUGGGAGCCGUGUUCCUUGAGCACGGGCUCCAGACAGUGCACGAGUGGAUAGGCGGCCUCCUUCGGCUGUCCACUACGAUACUGAACGAUAAUCAAGAUAUGGAUGUUGAUAUCGCCUCGAUGACUUCAAAACCAUCAUCGCCUGCUCCCACCUCAAAACGGAUUAAAGUUGAGGAGCCUUCUGCUCCUCCACCACCGUUACCACCAUUCCUUCCUCCACCAGUUUACCAAUUGCCAUCACUUUUUUCGCCGCACCAGCCGCCCCCACAAACACGACCUUCGGUGCACCCGUUGCCACCACCACCUAUACACCCACGCACCAAUUUCCCACAGCCCUCCCCUUAUAAUCCGUACUUGCGGCCACCUCUGGCUAGACUACCGUCUCCCCCAAGGAUCUCACCUCCGAAUCCGCUGGCCCCUGCUCAACCUCACCUCGCAUUUCUACCACUGUUCAAUCAAACAGCUCAUCAACGUGGUGUGAGCGUCAGUUACCCAUCAUCACUAGUGGGUCCUCCCCAUGCCGGAAAAUGGAACGUGACUUGCAUUGUUGAUGGGAUCGAGAAGGGUAAAGGAUCCAGCGACACUAAACAACAAGCUAAAGAACAAGCUGCAAGACAGGCUUACUAUGAGAUGGGAUGGGCACCUCGUAAGUGUGAAUCUCCUUGAUUGGUUGACGUUCGACCUCAGUUGCCUCUUCUUACAGGAGGUUAGCGCCAUCAGAUGUGGGCGUACUAGGCGUUUCUCAUAGCAGUGCUAUUCGGGCAAGUUCCAACCACGGACUCUUACCGGAGCAUAUGGCUGUGUGCCCGAACAGCACUAUUAUAAGAUAUAUGACUUGUCUGAUGUCCGACUGCGUUCGUAGGAACGGAAUGAAAUGGCGAGCAGGUAUUAAUUCUUCUCCAUAAUUUUUUUUUGCCGUGGACGGACUACGCUAAAUCAGUACAGAGGGUUAUCUGUAGGAGCAUUACAUAGUAGAGACCAACGUGACCAUGAGUCUACGGGAGAUGGAGUCUAAUUAUUAUCUUGUUCGCGUCCGGAA